AUGGCCACAAAACUCCGCAUCACGGAUCUCCCCCUGGAGUUAAGACAACAAAUCUUUCGUGAAUACUUCAAAGUCGAAGGCGGUUAUGUCUACGAUGGCCAGGCCGACAAGCUCAGAAACGCCGACGAUACCCCAAUCGACCUGUCCCUCUCCUACACGUGCCGCUCGAUCGCCAAUGACUGUAACGGACUCCCUCUCGCCGUCAAUACGAUCCAUUUCUCAACCCUCUACCGCGAGGACUGGCGCAGUCUAGCUGGAUGCUUCAAUCUUGUCGCUACAUAUUAUUAUGUUUUGCAACAAGACAUUGUGCUACAUCUUGCCCAUCUCAUCACCCCAGAGAUGCACGCUCAAUUGGAGAACAAGUUUCCCGGAUUCCGUUCCAAACUUGAAGCCGAGCGAGCCUUUCACUCUCGCGCCUGGGCUACAGACAACGGCGUUCGAUCUGAUCAAGAUUUAGACAACACGGACACCUCAAAUCACACGCGACCUGCAGCAUGCCAAUUUAUUCGGAAAUUCUAUAACACGAACAUCGGCGAUUAUGACGGUGACGAUCCGACUUACUUCCGUGGCUAUGCUUGGAUCCAUGAAGAUGUUCCAUACAACUCCAGGACCCUUCGAACAGACAUAUGCGAGAUUGCCUACAAGCGAUGGGACACGUACUCUGGAGAAGUCCGCCAGUGUCUAACUCAUUGUCUGAGACUCAUUGCAGACGAGAAUCCGGAGGAAUUUGGCAACCAGGUGUACACAAGUUUGCCACAUUGGGUCGGCAAAUAUCCCGCAAAAGAGUUCUUCGACCUCCGCUUCGAUUGCUGGGCGAUUCCCUCACAAUCUCAACUUCGAAACGCUAUGGGCCGUCUUGAGAUCCCUGAUAUUAUUUGGGACCUUCCCAACACGUGGGACCACCACUGGAUAUACAAAAACGUCGAAGAUUUUCGCAAAAACGUACCACCGGACCAAUGCCUCAACCACAACGAACCUCUUCCGCUCGAAUUUAACUUUCGCGGGCGCGAAAAAAGUAUCUUCUCUGCUGCUGCCGCCGCUAUACGGUUCCUCGGUCUACUUUCCGAUACUCAACGAAACCGAAUCUGUUCUCUAAUUCUCCAUGAAGAUGCCCCAUGUGUGAACAUAAUGUCCCUUCAUGGCAAUGGGCUACUUCCUUUCAUAAGGGAGAACCCUUCACUUCGGAUAGAGCGUCGCGUCAGUGUUAUCGACACCACAGAUGUCACACACGAACGCGGUAUGAUGUCCCAAAUCACAGGCGCCUGGGCAGAAGGGAACGAUUGGAGCUACAUUCCCACCGAAACAAUGAUUCCACACGUUUCCCAGUGGGUUCUUGACGCUAUUGCCAUUGAAAAAGAAGACAUUCCUGCUGGGUCAUUAACCUUGCUAUUGGAGUCGCACCCCUAUGCAGAUGCCUGCACAGAGGCUUUUCAGCAUAUGAUCCACAAUCGCAUUGCCUGCGGCAAGGCGUUUCGUAAGUGUAUGGAAGAGAACUUUUUUGAGGGCCUUACAGACAGGGAAAUGAAAGCAUUGGGUUACAAGGUCUCUUUGGAAGAUGGAUUCGAGGAAGCCAUCAUGCAUUUGGUGAACCAGACAUCUGAUGUAAUUCGCUGCGACUUUAACCCGGGAGUUCCUGAAAACUACCAGACAUUGGUCAAUAAAGUCAGAGAUUGGGGUUUGGGAUUUUCGGAGUCAUUGGGAUAUCGGCUACAAGACCUUACCGAAAUCGAGAUACAAGGGGAAUGUUACAAGCAGUCAGUCCUCAAAGCGUAUGAGUUCGAGACGCAAGAGGAAUAUCUCCGAUCCCGGGCGCGCGACAGUCAGCAAGGUUGA